UCUGGGAUGUGUUGUUGACAUUUGAAUAAUUGAACGUUUGGCGAGUUCGGAAUUUCGCAAGAUGGCAAUGAUCUGUUCUCGUGGAGGCUGAUUAAAGGAGAAAAUACAUCAUUCUGCACCUGUUGAGGCUUCUGCGCGGGGCCGGCUGCCAGGGGCGCUGUCGUUCCACCGUUCCGUGAAAUAUGGAGCAUCAGCUGUGACACGUGAGGACGGGCCAGUGACGAAGGCGAGAGAGGGCCGGCCUGCACCGUACGUCAUGUAGGCAGGCCGAGGUGAUCUGUUUAUACGCCCGCGACGCCCCAUUGCGCAACGCCCACGCAAGCUGAGGAGAGGAUCACGAUAUAAAACGCUGUGUACACAUGAUAGACAACGCAUUUGCGAAGGCGGAACACGGCCAGACGGCGACCGGCUUGCCCUCGAAGAAAUUGGCUGCGGGCAUGUUUAUAACGCGUACAUGUCAGUGACGUGUGCUGUGUCACGCUAGAAAAGACAGUCAGAGAAAGAGAGAGAGAGAAAAAGAGAUAAUCCUCGAAAUAAUCAAGAAGUAGAACAAUCCCAUACCGCCGCUAACACUCGGGGCAAGACAGUUCUAUGCCCACAAGUGCCCCAAGUUUGUGAAUGAUUAAUUAGAACAACAAAUGACUUCCUCGGAGGCAGGGGGCGAGAGAGAGGAGUUUGAUGGGUUGAUGUUAUCGCUCAGUGAAUCGUUCAUUCUGCUUGGACGAGCGCUGAAUUAUGGAAAGUGAACAAUGUUUGCACAGACUAUCGUUCAGUGUUCUCAGUGUUUCAAGAAAGAGUAGCUUUGUUUUUAAACGUUCAAGAACUACGAAGGACUUUGGCCAUGAGACUGUAUCGGUGUUUUUCAGUGUUUUUGAUUUUUGCAGCCGACAUUGUUUACGAAAAUUGAGGUGAUAGAAAUCUUUUCUCUUUUUUGGUCUGUGUUUUCCGCUCUCUUUUGUGAACCAUAAUGAGUCCCGACGUAUUUUAAAGGAAAUGCGGUGAGACGAAAGAAGGUAAAAAAGGAGCCAAUGUCUUCAGAUAAUUUCUUCCUUUCGCUAAUGAUGGGCCUACACUAAUGACUUUAUGUUUCCGUGUUACGUAAAUUUUUUCUCGGGCCUUUAAUUGAUGGGAAAUAUGUGUUAAUUCUCUGGUGGCCGUAGAAAAGUGGUGUUUUUUUGGUCUCUGUGUAUUUGGCCUUUGUAUUACAGUGGAGAUUGCCCGGCCGGAGGAUAUGUAAACAGACCGAUAUCAAACAAUGUAGAAAGACGAUCGCCGCAUAGCUGAGCACGCCGUUAGCCAUAAAGGUGUUUUUUACCUGCACUGAGCCAGAGCCCCCUCGUGAGGCGUCUGCUGGCUGCGGGUCUUAAAGGGACACGGGGACGCGAGGAGGCAAGUGUCUCGCCAAGAGGACGACCCACAAUUCGAGUCGCAGAGCUAACGUGACGCGGCGACCAUGUAUUCGCGCACGCCGUCCCCGCUGACACCUGAGGCGCAGCGGCUGGGGACGAGGGAGUACAUCCGCGCGUUCGAUACCGACACGCGGGUGGACGACACGGCGGAGUUCCUCGAGUGCUACUCCCUCGAGCGCGGCCACACCAACGCCAAGAUCACCGUGCUCUCCGCGGGGCGACACGGCGGCGCCCCAGACUGCUACGAGGAGUGCGAGCUGGACGGGAGUUACUCGGAGUUCGUGGAGACCCAGUGGGCCAAGGGCAGCGUCAGCGAGGUGGAGCCCAUCAGCGACAGCAUCCACGGCAGCGAGAGGGAAGUCAGCCAUGACAUCGGAAGCGACACGGAAAGCGUCGUCGUCAGCGCCCCCUUGCAUGGGCCGACGACGGUCAGGUGCGUGUGCGUCUGCAACAAGAAGGGCUGUGAGUAUGUCAACAAGCCGUACGAUUUGCACAGCAUACGAGAGUCGCCCGCGGGCAAGAUGUCUCGUCGGUACCGCCUCGUCACCUGGCUGAGGUCCUUCAUCCCGCCGACGGCUCAGAGCCCGACGAUAGACACGGUGGACGUCGGCUCGAGGGUGUACCCCGAGAAGAAGUCCAAGAUCGUGCGGCUGUUCAGAAGUCGGAGAUUUCGGAAGAGCGGAGUGAGGGCGCCCGAGGGCGAGGUCGCGCCCAACACGGUGGAGGGCCUCGGCAAGUCCCUCACGAGCCUCAACGUGGUGAAGAAGCCCGUCUUCCCCGGCGAGAUGAAGAGACUCAGGGCGUGCGACGUCUCCAUCCCGAGGUCCAUCGGGGUCAUGAUCGGGGUCACGCUCAUCCUCCUGGGCGUGACCUAUGACCACGGGGUAAAGCACGGCGUCGACAACCUCCUGCAGGAGUGUUGGUCGUGGCUCAGGACUAGUUACAUGAACUUUGGGGACGAAUUUGUCUCCUAUAAUAGCUUAUUCUUUAGAAUAACUAACUCAGAGGUUUUAGGAGAACCGUAUCCACGGUACGGACUCAAUGGCACUAAAAAAGAGAGUUCCAAUAUCACAAAAUUCCAAGAAGCCAUCAAUAAGGUGGACCCCAAGUUCUUGUUCAUCUUAGAGGGUUUAAGAUUAUCCGUCCAGUUAUUCUUCUUCAGUAUAAACGACAAAGCCGAGUUAAGCAGCAAGGAAGUGGUCGUCCACGAAAAAGGUCCGCUCUUCUUCCGGAUAUCCUUCAAGAGAACGGCGGGGCUGCAGGUGGACUACGUGCCCGAGAGGUCCUCCAUGACGCUCUCGACGCCCUUCCACGUGUAUGACCUCAUGAAGAUGAUAAUCACUAGCAAUGGUCUUCCAUACUUCGGCAUGCACAUGAACGACUUCCACAAGACGAACCCGUCUGCGCUGCUGACGAUGAUCAUCAACAACCUCAAGAAGUUCAACGUCGACACCACCUUCCUGUCGAGCAUCCAGGCCCAGAUCUCCAAGGGCAGGGUCAAGCGGUCGCCAGAGGAACCCGACGCGCCAGACGCCACCACGGCCACGCCCACCACGGUGCGGGAUCCAGAGACGACCGAGAAGGCGAGCACGCACAACACCUCGAUUCCCUUCACGCUGGACAUGCCCACGCCGUCGAAGCUGAGGCGCAGGGGCACGGAAGGGCCCAGCACCUCCGGCAGCAGCGUUGCCAUGAUCACGACGCCGAGGGCCAGCCGGCUCAGGAGGUCCACCGCGGAGCCCAACCAGAGCAAAAGCGCCUGGAGGUCCAUUGCAGAGAUCUCGAGCAAGAUAUUCCUGCCGCUUCCUCUGGACACGAAGAAGACGGUGUUGCUGCCCGUGCCCUUCAUCGAGAAGAACCUGACGCUCCGCUACCGCCACUCCGUCGACAUGCUGGGGCUGCCGGGGUACCAGUUCGUGCUGGGCAACGCCAUCGGCAGCGGGGGGGACUCGUCCUCGCGCUCCGAGCUGUACCCCUCCCUCAGCUACUCGAGGGUCAAGGACGGAGAGCGGACGGAGUCUCCCUCAAACACGCACCUCCCGCGACACAGGAACAAUGACAGAAGAAAGCACCUCCACAGACACUCCAAGCACCAGAACUUCCUCGACAAUGACAUGUUCAGGAACAGCUACAAUGAGGUUCUGGGCGUCGUGGACCUCGAGCCGCUCCUCCUCGAGACCAUCGGGAGGCUGCUGCUCAUCGGGCGCUACGUGGAGCGCUACCCCUUCUGGCUGUCGGCGCCCCACUUCCUGUCCCUGACGGACCACAUCGGCAGCGCCAACGGCACGGCGUCCGACAAGGGCACCAAGGUGAAGGUGCUGCCGCAGACCAGCUCGCAGCUCAGCCCCACCAACUCCAACCUCCUGCUGGGGGUGAACGGCAUCUCCGCCAACGAGUCGCUGCACGGCUCGUUCAUCUACUACCACCCCAUCCUGGGCGUUCCCAUCAAUGCCUCUCUCGCCGUCCAACUAGGUAUCCGCCCACCGGAGGGGAUGCUGCACGCCCACAAGCUGGUCCCCGUCAUGUGGGCGAGAAUACAGGUCGAGGAGAUUCCCCUGAGCCUCUGGUACAUCCUGUGGGCGGCGUGCCACCUGCGGGAAACCAUCAUGGCCUGCUUCAUCAUCACGGGCCUCCUCGUCAUCAGCUGCUCCCUCACCUGCGGCAAGAAGAAGCGGGGGGAGGACGAGGAAAAGCCUCUGGAAGAACGUCCAAACAGUGCCUAGAUGUGCUCGCGGGGACGCCGGACGCCUCAGGACCCGACAGACAGACGAGGAGACUGAAGUGAAAAAAAGUGUAUAUCUGUAUCAUAAAAGAUUUUAAUCCUAUUUUGGAUAACGAUGGAGAACGUGAGCCUCAUCCUCGCCCUCCUACUCGAAUAAGGAUGUGUCGAGGGCGAGACAAGGGGCGUGUACCAUGGUAUAUUAAAGUCUUCCUGGAGAUUUAAUAGAUAAAUAAAUAAAAUAAAAGUGUUAAUAUCGGACACCAUUUCUUUUAUUUAUUAUAAUUCAACAACACGAGUGUCACGCACAGAGACGCUCAUCCAGGCUUUGGGAAAGAAAGAAAGAAAGAAAGAAAACGAGAAAAGAAAAAAAAAA